AUGGUUAGGUUCUAUGACAACUGGGCGAGGCUGGUGGAAGCCGUGAUCCGGAGAGAGCAACUUCGGGAAAUUGCACUAAGCCUUUCAAGGAGCCCGAGCUCUAGCUCCUUGGGCUCAGAUUACAGUUACACUUCUAGUUCUUCCCUCAAAGGAGUGUCUAUUGGAUCAUCAACUAAUUCCCCAUUCCACCCUGCAAUAUUAGCUGCAAAGAAUGCGAGAGCAGAGAAAAAGAGUGGAGCAAAAAUGGUUCCUUCAAAUAGAAGAAAUAAGUGGAAAGGCCUGCGAAUAUUUAAUGCUUUCAUCACCAAGAAGGAUUACGGCAAAGACGAAAGAGAAGUUCAAGGUGCUCAUUCUCAGAGAACACUGCAUCCCUUAAAAACACCAGAAACUACUAGUCUUUUCGAUGAUAAAAAUAGCCACAGAGAGCUGUCUCAACUGGCAGAACAGGCCAAAAGGAGAGAUGAACUGGCAAGAAUUCAAGAAGUGAACACGCUCAAGGGUCAUCUCGAGUCAAUUAUAAAACUGAAAGGCCUUGAUCUUGACAAAAUCCAGAUGCACUACACUAUUUGA